UAAACAGGAGGCGAGAGCCACAGGCAAUGAGCAGAAUGCAGCUGCAUUGACUGACCCAUCAUUGGCUUGACAAGUCUAUUAGCAGCAAUAGAUCAGAGAGCUCCUCUAUCUCUCUCUCUCCUCUAUUCCUCUCUCUCUCUCUCCUCUCUCAAUAAAAGUUACAGCAAGAAACUUCAUCGCUCAGGGUCGUGGCUGUGACACCAGCAUUGCAGUCAUGGCACCGAAGAAGAAGAGCUUUAAAAAGAAUAAAGCGGAGAACAAGGAAACAACAGUGAUUGUAGAAGAAAGUACCAUCAUCCAUUUAAACGGUGUCAACGGGUUGGUCGAUGGGGGCAAUGGCUUCAGUCGCAUCUCCACUGAAAUGUCCGACUCAACCUACGGUUUGAAUCUACUGGAAGUCCUCAACAAGAUGAAGCAAGAAAAGUUCCUGUGCGACCUCACCAUCGCUACGAAAUCCAAAUCCUUUGAUGUUCACAAAGUGGUGAUGGCAUCCUGCAGCGAAUACUUCAGGAAUAUCCUGAAGAAAGACCCAACCACCCACAGGGUAGACGUCAAUGACAUAUCUGCUGUUGGUCUCAAUGCGGUGAUCACGUACGCUUACAGUGGAAAGCUAACCCUCUCUCUCUACACCAUUGGUAACAUUAUAGCAACAGCCAACCAGCUCCAGAUUCAUUCUCUUAUUAAGAUGUGCUGCGAUUUUUUGAUGCAGGAAAUCAAUGUUGAGAACUGCAUGUACAUCGUUAACAUUGCAGAAACGUAUGGAUUGAGGAAUACCAUGGAAGCUGCACAUAACUUCAUUCGGGACCAUUUCAUAGAGUUUUCAGAAAAGGACCAGUUCCUGAAACUUACCUUUGAGCAAAUCAUUAAAUUCAUGAUGGAUGAUGCCCUGCUGUUGCCCUCAGAAAUCACGGCAUUCCAGAUUGCAAUGAAGUGGCUGGAUUUCGACAGUAAAAGGGCUAAGUACGCAGCAGAUCUCCUGAGCACGAUUCGCUUUUGCACCAUCUCAGCACAAGAUCUGGUCAACUAUGUUCAGACUGUGCCUAGAAUGAUGCAAGAUACAGAGUGCCACAGAUUUUUGGUAGAUGCCAUGAAUUACCAUCUUCUUCCCUAUCAGCAAAACACCUUGCAAUGCAGAAGAACUAAAGUUCGCAGUGGUCUCAAAGUCCUGGUCAUGGUGGCUGGUCGUCCAGCACUGACAGAAAAGUCGCUGAGUAGAGACAUUAUAUACAGAGAUCCUGAGCGUGGAUGGAACAAACUUUCUGAAAUGCCUUACAAGAGCUUCAAUCAAUGUGUCGCUGUGAUGGAUGGAUUCCUAUACGUAGCUGGUGGGGAAGAUCAGAAUGAUGCCAGAAAUCAGGCCAAGCAUGCUGUGAGCAACGUCUGCAGGUACGAUCCUCGAUUCAACAGCUGGAUUCAUUUGGGAAACAUGGUGCAGAGACGCACCCACUUCAGUCUGAAUGUUUUCAAUGGGUUACUUUUCGCAAUCGGGGGCAGGAAUCCAGAUGGUCCUCUGGCCUCUGUUGAAUGCUAUGUGCCUGCCACCAACCACUGGCAGCUGAAGGCACCGUUAGAGGUCCCCAGAUGCUGUCAUGCUGGUGCUGUCGUAGAUGGUAAAAUCCUGGUUACAGGAGGAUACAUAAAUAAUGCAUAUUCCCGUUUGGCCUGUGCCUAUGAUCCCUCAGCAGACAGCUGGCAGGACAAAGCUAAUUUAAGUACCCCCAGAGGCUGGCACUGUGCCAUUUCCCUCUUCGAUCGUGUCUAUGUAUUGGGUGGCAGUCAGCUCGGAGGCAAGGGUGAGAGGAUUGAUGUGCUCCCUGUUGAAUGCUAUAAUCCCUCCACAGCGCAAUGGAGCCAGGUUGCUCCGCUCCACGUGGGGGUCAGCACUGCUGGUGCUGCAACCAUUGAUGGUAAAAUCUAUGUGGUGGGAGGCUGGAAUGAGGUUGAGAAGAAAUAUAAGAAGUGCGUCCAAUGUUAUAACCCAAACAUGAAUGAAUGGAUUGAUGAGGAUGACCUCACAGAGGCUACAGUGGGUGUUUCCUGUUGUGUGGUCACUUUGCCAACUCAAAAGACCCGUGAAUCCAGGAACAGUUCAGCUUCAUCCGUGCCAGUUAGCAUCUGAUUAUACUUGUGGAGCAGAUUGAUCAUAAAA